GCCGACUCCGCAGCCCGAGCCUUGGGGCGGGGAGACGCGGACGCGGCUGCCUCGGCACCUCAAGACCUCAGGACGCAGGACCCCUCCGGCCUCCGGGCCAGGAAGCACUGAGGCCGCGGCCCGUCCCGCCCGGCUCCCGCCGCCGCCGCCGCCGCCGCCCGGGACCAGAAGAUGCGCUCCAAGACACCCCCGCCCCUGUUGCUGUCACUGCUGCUGCUGCUGCCGGCCCUGGAGCCCAGGGUGCAGGGCUGCCCAACCGGCUGCCAGUGCAACCAGCCACAGACAGUCUUCUGCACCGCCCGCCAGGGGACCACCGUGCCUCUCGACGUGCCGCCCGACACAGUGGGCCUGUACGUCUUUGAGAAUGGCAUCACCACACUCGACGCGGGCAGCUUUGCCGGCCUGCCGGGCCUGCAGCUCCUCGACCUGUCACAGAACCAGAUUGCCAGCCUGCCCGGUGGGGUCUUCCAGCCACUGGUCAACCUCAGCAACCUGGACCUGACUGCCAAUAGGCUUCGGGAAAUCACCAACGAGACCUUCCGCGGCCUGCGGCGCCUGGAGCGCCUCUACCUGGGCAAGAACCGCAUCCGCCACAUCCAGCCCGGUGCCUUCGACGCGCUCGACCACCUACUGGAGCUCAAGCUGCAGGACAACGAGCUGCGGGCGCUGCCCCCGCUGCGCCUGCCGCGCCUGCUGCUGCUCGACCUCAGCCACAACAGCCUCCCAGCCCUGGAGCCCGGCAUCCUGGACACCGCCAACGUGGAGGCGCUGCGGCUGGCCGGCCUGGGGCUGCAGCGGCUGGACGAGGGGCUCUUUGGCCGCCUGCGCAACCUCCACGACCUGGACGUGGCCGACAACCAGCUGGAGCUCGUGCCGCCCGCCAUCUGGGGCCUGCGGGGCCUGACGCGCCUGCGGCUGGCGGGCAACACCCGCAUCGCCCAGCUGCGGCCCGAGGACCUGGCCGGCCUGGCAGCCCUGCAGGAGCUGGACCUGAGCAACCUGAGCCUGCAGGCCCUGCCGCACGAGCUCUCGGUUCUCUUCCCCCGCCUGCGGCUCCUGGCGGCUGCCCGCAACCCCUUCAACUGCGUGUGCCCCCUGAGCUGGUUCGGCCCCUGGGUGCGGGAGAGCCGCGUGGCACUGGCCAGCCCCGAGGAGACACGCUGCCACUUUCCACCCAAGAACGCUGGCCGGCUGCUCCUGGACCUUGACUACGCCGACUUUGGCUGCCCGGCCACCACCACCACGGCCACGGUGCCCACCAUGAGGCCCACGGUGUGGGCGCCCACAGCCCCACCUUCCAGCAUGGCUCCCACCUGGCUCAGCCCCACGGAGCCGACCACUGAAGCCCUGAGCCGACCGCCCCCUGCCCCGCCCACCAUGGGUCCUGCCCCCCAGCCCCGGGACUGCCCGGCGUCCAUCUGCCUCAGUGGGGGCACCUGCCACCUGGGGGCGCGGGGCCACCUGGAGUGCCUGUGUCCUGAGGGCUUCACGGGCCUGUACUGUGAGAGCCGGGUGAGGCCAGGGCCGAGGCCCAGCCCUGCCCCGGCCACCAUGCGGCCACCCCAGCCCCUGCCCCUCGGCAUUGAGCCCGCCAGCCCCACCUCCCUGCGGGUGGGACUGCAGCGCUACCUGCAGGGCAGCACCGUGCAGCUCAGGAGCCUCCGCCUCACCUACCGCAACCUGUCGGGUCCCGACAAACGGCCGGUGACGCUGCGGCUGCCCGCCUCACUCGCAGAGUACACGGUCACCCAGCUGCGGCCCAAUGCCACCUACUCCAUCUGCGUCCGGCCCCUGGGGGCCGGGAGGGUGCCUGAGAGCGAGGAGGCCUGUGGGGAGGCCCGCACGCCCCCGGCAGUCCGCUCUAACCACGCCCCAGUCACCCAGGCCCGAGAGGGCAACCUGCCACUCCUGAUUGCGCCCGCCCUGGCUGCCGUGCUCCUGGCCGUGCUGGCUGCCGUGGGGGCGGCCUUCUGUGUGCGGCGGGGGCGGGCCGCGGCAGCUGUGGCUCAGGGCAAAGGGCAGGUGGGGCCAGGGGCCGGGCCCCUGGAGCUGGAGGGGGUGAAGGCCCCCUUGGAGCCAGGCCCCAAGGCAACUGAGGGUGGUGGGGAGGCCCCGCCUGGCGGGCCUGAGUGUGAGGUGCCGCUCAUGGGCUACUCGGGGCCCGGCCCCCAGGGGCCCCUCCCAGCUAAGCCCUACAUCUAAGCCUGGGAGUGAUGGACGGCCGAGGCCAGGCUCUCGGCCCCACUGGGACUGGCCAGGGCCCUCCUGCUGCCAGAUCAAGGAAGUUCUCAGAUCCGUACGAUGAGGACACGUCAGGACCGGGGCUGUGUGACCACAGCAAGUCCCUGCCCCUCUCUGGACCUUGGUGUCCUCAUCCGUAAGAAGCUGGGACCCAGGUGAUAACCUCUAAGGUCCCCCCUGCCCGAGUGCCUAGAGGAUGGCGUCGGCCCCGUCUUCUGCAACAUGCAACCUCUGGGGUGGGGCGGGCCCUGCCGUGUGCUGGUAACACAGGCCCGGGGCUGCCAAGCCCCCCACCCCAAGGAGACUCUGGGGGCCAGUGAAGGAAGCCCCCAGAAAAGAGAGCAGAGGGAGAGUGGGACUGGGGAUGGGGUGGGUGACCCUGCCUCAACCCCAGAAAGUGAAGGAACAAAAGAAACUGGAAAGAAAGAUGCUUUAGGAACAAGUUUUGCUUUUGUUUUUUAAAAUAUAUUUAUAAAAGAUCCUUUCCCAUUUAUUCUGGGAAAAUGUUUUUCAAACUCAGAGACAAGGACUUUGGUUUUUGUAAGACAAAUGAUGAUAUGAAAGCCUUUUGUAAGAAAAAUAAAAGAUGAAAA